GAAACUUCAGUCAACUAGGAGGAGGACGACAAGAAGGCGUCCAGAGACUGAAGAAAGGCAAGAGGCAAAGAUUCACACUCUUGAAUGAGUGUGAGGUACUGCCAGGGAAAGCUGUUUAAGGAGGAGGUGGUGGAGUGUCUGAGAAAGCAGAUAUUGAGUCAGUGUUAGAAAGACGGGACAGAGAGCCAUGAGGCUACACAUCCGAAAGCUGCUCCUCUCUCUGCUCACCAUCUUCUUCUUGGGGAAGCUGCUGACCAGUGUUACCUGGUACAAGACCAACAGCCAUGUGAAAUCUCACCGACGACCUCCUCGGAAGAAAAAUGCUCCAGUGUCUUCACAGCAGUGUAAAAACAGCAGCAAACUCAUCACCGACAUAACAAAACGUUAUGCUCAACCCUGGAAGAGGCAGAGAGGGAAUUACCAGAGGUUCAGCUCUCUGCUGAGCAGCAAGUGCCACGGGGCUGAAAAUGCCAUUGUUACUCAGAAAAACACUCCGCUGGGAUCGCAGAUUGUCUACAGCGGGGAACCAAAGAGGACCAUCAAAGUGACACCAAAGUGGUUCGGUACCUUUCCAAAGGAGCAUCCUUUCUCCAAUAAGAAAUUCGACACUUGCUCCGUGGUGGGGAACGGUGGGAUCCUGAUCAACAGCAACUGUGGAAAACAAAUCGAUUCAUCUCAGUUUGUAAUCAGGUGCAACCUCGCACCUUUGGACCGUGAAUUGGAGAAAGAUGUCGGUAAGAAGACCAGCCUUGUGACAGCAAACCCAAGCAUCUUCGUCCUGAAGUUUCAUGCUCUCAGAAGUCGCCGUCGUCAGUUUGUGGACAGUCUGCGCCGCUUUAAAGACUCCAUGCUGCUCAUGCCAACCUUCUCCUAUGGGUUGAACACUCAUCUGUGUCAGCGGGCCAUCCAAGCCAUCAAAGACCUCAGUAGUCCCAUUAGACCGGUCUCUUUUAACCCCCAGUAUCUGAGGAGUCUUUCGGCUCACUGGCGCUCCCAGGGCCUGAGGGAAGCCCGGCUCAGCACGGGCUUUAUGAUGGUUAAUCUGGCGCUGGAACUGUGCAACAGCGUGGAUCUGUACGGAUUCUGGCCUUUCAGUGUCCACCCUCAGGACUGCCACCACCUGACGAACCACUACUACGAUAACAUGCCGGUUCGAAAGAGACUUCACGCCAUGCCAGCCGAGUUCGACCGCCUGCUGAAGCUGCACAGUCAGGGCAUCCUCAGGAUUCACCUGGGAGAUUGUGGGCAGUGAAGGGCAAGGGCUCGGCGAUAACGAGAUCAAGAUAUGUGUUGCGAUAUAACUUUUUAAUAGAUUGCAUUUGUGCAUGCUUUGACAAACAAUACGAACAGCCAGUGAUUAUGUGUGUCGCACUGUGCUGCACCAGUCAUGAGGCUGAGUGUCGCGAAUUUAAUCAUUGGCCUUCCGCACCUCCAAUGUUUGACAGAGAAAAGACAAAUUAAAAAAAAAUAAAACAAAAACAAACCUGAAACAAUUAUACAUUGUUACAUGUCAUGCUUAACUUUGAGAGAAAAUACACAUUUAAAUAAAAAUUAGGCUUCUGAUAUGUUCAAAUCUCACAACAGAGUAACAAGAAUCCUUCAAAACUGAAAAGCAGGUCUCAAAGGAAAAAAAAAGUAGUGAAUAGCUGACUCCACCUUUCAGCAGCCACAGUGUUUGCACUGUGAUUUUGUGACUUUUAUAUAUGUAUUUAUUCUAGAGGUGUCCCCGACUAAGAAUUUCUAUAGUCGAAUCUGAUUCGUCCGAUUCUGCCAAUAGU